UUUUAAACCACGAACUUUUUGGACUAAAAUUUGAACCACAAAGCAAAGCUCGAGAUCGGCUGUUUGUUUGUAAGAGGAUCGCAGAAAAGAAGAGGUUGACUCUCAAUUCAGAAACUGAGAAACUUACAUAUGAACAAGUACAGAAGCUGGGAAUAAAAACAGACAAUAACUGGUUCGUAAACAACACAUAUAUCGAAUCUCCCGAAGAAGUAAAGUGCAUACUCUUAUUCAGGAGAAAAUUCACUUUACCAACUACGAAUGCCAAUUUCUCACCAAUACAUAAUACCGGAAAUGGAACAAUUAAUGCAAUCACUGGUGGAGAAUGAAAGAGAAAAGGAGAUGGCCAGAAAUAAAGAGAGCAACAGAAUACUAUUAUUCACACGCAACAUAAAGCAUAACGCAGCGAAAAAUCUAUUUUAGCAGCUUUUUACAAAGCAAAGGCAUUUGUAAACCUACACAAAAAAAAAAUUUUUCUAAUAGUAGGGGAGCCCACGAUGCUAAAUCGGGAUUUACUCGAGAGUCAUUUUGACCUAUUGGAUUUUGAAGGUGACCAGCAAAAAAUCGGUUUAGUUGUAAAGUUUUCUACACCCAGAAAAAUAUCCUCGAUUUUUAAGUAACACGAUCCAUGUUAAAUUCACAUGAAACAGUUGUACACACGAAACAACAACAAUUUUUCCAUUUUAACAUGAUAUUUUUAACAGGAAAAAAGUGUUAAGAGUAAUAUGAAGUAUUUUUGGUUAAUUUACCAAGAUAUAGUGUUAAAUUUACAUGUGAAUAGUGUUAAAAAUAUAUGGCAACGUGAUUUCUGUUUGUUGCAACCUGAGUUAUUGUAAAAUUUACAUGAGGGUUUUUUUAAAUAAUGUUGAUUCAAACACAUAAAGUGUUAAAUUUACAUUUAGUUGAUGUUAAAAAGGUCUGGCAACAUGAUUUCUGUUUGUUUUGACAUGAGCUAUUGUGAAUUUUACAGGGUAUGUGGUUAGAGAACAUAAAAGUACCGUAAUAUUUUAUUUGCGUGCGCGUUCUUCGUCAUUCGGUUGCAUUUUUAUUUAGUGUAUUAUUUGUGAAAGAUUAUUAAAAAAAGCUAUUUAAAUAUUAAGAAGAAUGGGUACAGAAAAUGUCUUUGGGGAAUCGGCGGGAAUAUAUUUCGUUGUUGAUGGUGAUUUAACCAUGGGGAAUGAAGUUGAGACUUCACUGCAGCAAAGCCAAGCCACUGAAUCUUCACGUGAAAAAGAAAAUUUGAAAGACGUCGUAUGUGGUAAAAUGAACUUCAGUGAAGAAGUUUAUCAAAGACUUCUCGGUAAGUUCUUUGAGAAUCUGCGAGGAACCAUAUGCAUAUUUAUGUUAUUGACAGAUUGCGGAAUGGAUGUAGAAAGUCUGUAUUUCAUCAACGAUGGGGACAUAAAUGAACUUUUCCCUGCAUCAAUGCUCGGAACGAGAGUAAAGUUUAAAGAAAGAGUUGCACGUUGGCGACAGAAUGAAGCUGAUACCAUUUCGUCAAUAGGAUCAUGCAAGAGUUGGAUAAAUUCUAGCCAAGAGUCUCACGACUCGAUAAGAGACAUGGAAGCAAAGAAUUUAAAGUUAAUACUUAAUGCCACUGAAAGAGGUCAAAGCAUCUUUAAACAAUAUAGAGAAAAGACCGUGCUGUCAGAUGUUAGUCGUGACAUUUUGGUAAAUACCAUUGUUGACCACUUCUCAGCGCGAUCAGUGCCUAUGACAAUGAAAGAUAUCAUCACCUUUUCUGAGCAAAUAACAAUUUUAUUUCCCAACGAAGACAUGCGCUAUUACUGCAACCGUCGAAAUGGCAAGAAUCCAACAGGCAAACUUUAUGAUAAGGCAACAAACAUCCGAAGGAAAAUAAAAAAAGAAACAGGAGCACUAAGCGUUGCACCUAAAUGUCAACCCACUCAAUCAAGUUUGUCGGAGCAGGCGAGCAAUAAUGAAAAUGACUUAGCCAUGAAAAAUUGGCUUUGUCAUAAUGUAGAGCCUUGGGGCGAUGUUGUAGAAAAAUGGACGAACACAGUCAAAUUAAGAACCGCAGAGAUUUUAAAUGAACACGCAAAUAUUUUAACUAAUUGGCCGCUGCUGAAACACAGUCUUGGAUACACUUUGGUUGAAAUUGAUUUUGAAGCGAAAUUUCCCAACUGUUCGCAGAAUUUGCUAAACGAAUGGCCAAAAUUUAGAAAGUCAAUUAUACCUUACAUGAAGACAAAAAUAAGAGAUGCAACGUCCAUUGAUAUGCUAAAAAAAAUUGACGAAAACAUCAGUACUGACUCAAUGGAUUGUUUAUUGACACUGCUUUUGCAUGCGAUACUUAAACCGUCAUUAAUUUCCGUUGGACAAACUUCUGGUGAAAAACGGCUUAAAUGGAAGCCAUCAAUAUGUGAUGCGCAAGCAGUGACAUUGCUGCAUUGCAGCAGCAUAAACGAUUAUCGGAGGAUGUACCACGAAUUAAAGAUUAAGUUAAAUCAAAAGAAUCUUCCUCUUCAGCCGCUACUAUUGGUAGUCGGAGAGAAACUAACUCAGUUAGACUCUUUUUACGUUAUUUUCGACAGUAUAAUUUACAAGGUACCGACAUUUUUAAAAUCACUUGAUACUUUAUUUAAAAUCUUUCAUGUAUUAAAUUUGGAAUAUCCGAUACAAGCGAAAUCCAUAUAUAAUUUUAUCGAAUCCUACUUUUUUGGCAUUGCGGAUUGUGCACACCCUAAUGUUAUUACACUUAAGAAUUAUUUAAAAGAUACUCAAAACUUGUUGGAGUAGAUUGAUAAAAUGUUCAAAUGCUUUAUAUGUAACGAAAGGUCUUCUACAUCAAAAUUGUUAGGUGACCAUUUGAAAUCUUUCCAUGUUUUUGCUGAGAUAAAAAAUUUUGUUUGCACUUUCUCUAAAUGUGGUCAAUGUUUUUCAAACGUGUAUAGUUUUCAAAAUCACCUACGUAGAGUUCAUGCGUCGUUGCCAAGUACACCUGCUGUAUCUUAUCAUGCACCUGUUUUUGUUAGGCCUAAUAUUACUAAAGGGCAGACUAAUAAAUUAAGUUCUAAUUUUAAUAAUACAACGCAAAAAAAAUUUAAUAUGAAUAUGUUUGUAUUGUCUCUACAUAACAAAACUUAAACCGAAAUUUCAUUUCCUUGUUCAUUAUUUCACUGCCAUAAAAAAAUGCGGCCCAUUAAAAAAUGUGUGGUGCAUGAGAUUUGAAGCUGUACACAAAAUAUUCAAAACGUACGCUAAUUCAAUUAAUUGCCGUGUAAAUGUUCCAUGGAGUCUUGCGAUUAAAGCCGCAUUGAAAUUUGCAUAUAGCUUGAGUAACGAACGUUUUUUUUCAACCAGAUUUAAAUAUAAGCGCUAAUUCUGUAUUACCUAGUACUUUAAGCUUUAAAUACAAUUCCGAUUUUCAAAGAGAAUAUGAAUUAUCUAAUUAUCAAUUUUAUUCAAAAGUUACUUUUAAAGGAUUUUUAUUUAAAAGAGGGUUUUUUGUUAUUGUAAAACAGGAGGCUAUAUACUUGUUUCAAAUCGAAGAUACUGUUGUAAGUUUGAUGCAAAAACUUUUCUUUAUUUGUUCACAGUGGGAAAUUAUAAAUUUCAGUACACAUAUUCAGUCAUACUUGGUAGGUGAAAAAUCAGAUAGUUAUAGUUUUAUAAGUGCAGACAAAAUUAGCUCACCUCCUGUACAUAUUCAUAUUCUUCAAAACAAUCAAAAAGCAAUCCGUUUAAAAAGUAUUUAAAACAAUUUGAUACAGUUUUUAUGCAGAGCUUAGAAAAACUCAACAAAUUUUUAUAAAAAUUGUG